UCACUAAAUUGCUCUCAAAUUCGUAACCUGUCAAAAAAGAACUGGAUAAAUGUUUUAUUUAAUUGUAAGCAGUACGUGUACUAACAAAUAUUAAGUGUGAUCCUAACUGGGGAUCGUUCCUGUGUGGCCCAGCCGCGUCCAAUUCGUUUUGCUCGUUAAAUGGUGUCCAAAAAUAACAAUCAGCAGCACCGGGCAAUGUAUCAAAAUCAGAGCCAGCACCUGCAGUACUCUCACAAUGCUCGUGCCGCCGCCGCUCCGUACAGAAAACCUUUUCGUGGGGCACCUGGGGCCGGGAGCAACGCCAAUCAAAUGAUGUACUCAUCGUGCCAGAUGCCCAGCGACCCACUCUACAUAGACUUCAAUAGCCCCACGGCCGCACCACCGACCAAGCCUGCAGCCGGUUCAGCGACCCAGUGCCAGCCUCCUGCCCGUCCGGCUGCACAGCCCCACUCCCAUACCGGUCCGGUACCCGGCAGACACCAAGCCACUGCCACUCCGACAGCCCAGCCCAAGGCCAAGGCCAAUGCCAGUUCCGCCCAGUCUGCCGCCUGGGAGAUGGGCAGGAAGAAGCCACUCAAGGUUAAACAGCAGCCCAAGAGCAAGCACCAACUGCCGCUGCAGCAAUCCUUCCCAGGACAUCUGAACGGAAAUGCACACGCAAACGGAAAUGGCGAAGGCAGCCACAAAUGGCCUCCCAAGCAGCGAUUUCAUCCCCAACAUCGCUUCAACGGCGGCGGUGGCGGUGGCUUUAACAGACCGCCCCCAAGCCACGGUUGUCCACACCACAUGAUGCCCCUCAUGGGUCCGAUGAGACCGGGACCGGGCCCAGGACCACGCUGCGGAGGGCCAAUGCCAAUGCCGCCCUUUCCACCGAUGCCUUAUCCGCCACAGAUGGUGCCGCCCAUGGCAAUGCGCUGCCCCAUGCCACCGAUGGGAGGGCCACCGCCGCCGCCUCACUUCAUGCGGCACAACGGUCGCGGUGCUCCCAUGCACAUGAUGGGCGGUCACCCCAUGCACUUGAUGGGUCCUCGCAUGCCGCCGCGUGGCAUGGUGCCCGGGGGACCCUUCGGCGGGGGAAUGAACAUGAAUGGGGGCCCAAACGGCGGCAGGAUCAAGAAGCCGAAUCCGGUGCUGAUCAAGCAGGUGGUCAAGGGGAAGAGCACCAUCAAGACGCUGAAGAACAUGGUGAAUCAGUAUCCGCUGGACAAGCCCUGGGUCACGGAGCAGAUCCGCGGGGAGCACGACAAAAAGGUGGACAUCGAGAACCGCCUGAAGGGCAACAAGGACGACGAGCUCUUCGCCCAGUUCAAGUUGCAGCGCGAUAAGUUCGUGGAGCUGUACGAGGGUGCGCGCGAGGACUAUCUGAAGCAGGAGGCGGCCUCUGUUAUGGCCAAGGACGCCAAAUCAGACAAAGACAAAGAAAAGGAAAAAAACACAAAUCCGAAUCCCAAUCAGAAUCAGAAUGCCGCCCACGAUGCAGCCACUCCAAGUCUGUAGGCGGACCAACAAAUGCGCAAUGGAACGACUGGGAGAGCCAAUCAACAAUACAGCAACAGCAAAAAGAAGUCUGACAAAUGAAUUGAAAACGAGCCCGAAACUAAACACUGAAUUUCUUCAUCUCCCCAUCUGGCCUCACCAAAGAGCUACGCUGCCUCUGACGGAGUGAUCGAGUGCCGGAGCCGCACCGAAAGCGAGAUAGAGCACGCUGCAUGCAGCAAAACGAUGAUGAUACCCGACACUACCCUACCUUACCUUACGCUGCACUGCCCGGCCCUGCCCUGCCCUGCCCAAUGUUGUUGACUGUCAGGUCUCGUCUCGUCUCGUCACAAUAAGUUUUUGAUUGCGUCAGCGGAGUCGCAUUGUCCAUGAGAUGAGCAAUAAUACGAGUACACCCAGAUAUACACACAGACACAUACACAUACACGUACACAUAUAUUCAUGCAUGCAUUGUACGUGUAUGGCAUCUGCGAGUAUAGCCAUAUUUAUUAUUAUUAUUAAUAUUAUUAUUCCCCUCCCCCCGAAGAGCAUGCUGCUGGUCGCGUGGAGCGAAAGAAACAAAACGAAACGAAACGAAUUAGCGAUAAAAGUAGACAGAUCCCGACCCUGCCCCACCUGUCCCACUGCAUGUAUACCAGGAACUGAACUGAACUCCUUGAUUGUAUUUUUAGGUUCGCUCUUAGAAAUCACAAAUUAAGAUCACCAUGUAAAUAUGAUUUGCGACUGAGUGCAUUCACGGAUUGGUCUUUAGUUUUUUCUUUGUCCUUUGUCCUUUGUUCUAUGCCCCAGCCACAGUCAGAGCCCCAGUGCAGCCUUGCCCUUGUAUCUUCCAAUACCUACUACCUGCCCAACUAGCGAUAUUAGCCGUAAAUGCAACCUCUUGUAAAUAGACAGGCACAAUUACGUGUACGUAGAUCCUAACUGUUGGUUAAUAUUUACACAUAGAGAGAACACAUACCCAUCCAUCCAUCCAUCCAUCCCACACGCACUGGCGUGGGCGGAACCCAUAAGAAAUGGUCGAAACUGUAAUUGUCUCGCGCCUGUCCCUGUCCCUGUCCCUGUCACUGUCACCGUCCCCGUACCCACGAUAAGGAA